AUGGUCUGGCAGCUCAUGGCCUUAGCCUCGAGCUUAUUGUCAAGCGGAGCCAUGAUCUUCUUCUUUAUCAAGUAUCCUAGCUCAAGGGUGCAUCCGGGCAUGGUGCUAAUUAGCAUCUUCAUGAGCGUGAGCAUUGCGAGCAUCAUGCGCGUAGGACUGCACGCGUGGUAUAUUUGUCUCGAUCCAGAUGAUGAUGGAGGAUCGAUGUCCGCUACCCUUAGCAGGGUUGCCAACGAAGAGCUAGGCCAUGAUGCAGGAGCGUUAGAAUCCUAUGUACCAUUUUUUUUCUGGUGCUACUUCUUCUUUAGCACUUCUGCGACGCUGUGGUAUCUCAUGCUGGCACUGGAUUUGAUCUUUUCUCUCUCAAACCCCUUCUUGCCAUUCAACGCUGACAAUGUCAAGCAUCAUAUUUGCGCUUGGCCAGUAUCACUCAUCUACUGUCUUAUUUUCCGCUACGUUCUUGGGGGGUUCCAAGAGAAGGCAACCGCAAACGUUGUGCUCUACUUCGACUUGCCGGCAUUUGUAGGGUUGAUCUACAUCGGGUUUGCGCUUAUCCAGUCCUGGCGCCGCUCUCGAAUACUUGAAACACACGCACAUGCCACCACAAGGCGGAUGGCAAAGCGAAUUUUGCCGUAUUUGGGUGUCUUUGCUGUUCAUACGCUGUUGGCCAUGGCCAUUUACCUGAUGCAGCAGGGUUCAGCGUUUGGUAGUGUGACACCCAACGCGUUGGACCAACUUUCGCUCGUGCUUGAGACUUUGGCGUUGUUUGCGCUAUUCUGCCGUGACGCUGGAGUUUUCAAGACACCAAUGGAGCAUUAUGAAGACGAAACUAGUAGUGGUGACAGCAACUCCAACAACCCCUCGCAAACCACUAUCUCACAGAUUGAAGCUGGAGGAGCGGCGAUGAUGUCUAGAUCGAGAGGUUUUGCUCCUGCGCCUCACAACAACAAUCAAAGGGAUAAAAUCGAUGUGUCAAACAAACUUCGUAUGGAUGUGAUGCGAUAUAUGUCGCUAGGCAUCAUGAAGUCCAUUGAAAUGGCACAGGUUGCCGAGAAGAAGGCAAUGGGGGUCAGCUCAAGCGCUGAAUUCAUGGGAUCGGAUACUGAGGUUGCUGGAUCAAAUGAUGGCGAGUACUAUUCAAGCAUUAACUACAACGACUAUAACUACGUCAAGAGCAUGGGUGUUGUCGUCUACGGUCUCAAGAAUAGCACUAUGCUCAACUUUCGUGACUGCGCGCCGAAAGUUUUUCAUCGGAUUCGAGCUCAGUUCAACAUUGACCAAGACUUUUACAGGGAAUCGUUUGAUCCGUCUCGAAUACUUAGUGAACACGGCUCGGAAGGAAAGAGUGGCAACAUUUUCUACUUUACUGCAAACAAACAGUUCAUGGUAAAAAGUGUACCAAAGGAGGAGUUUGAUACGUUGCGAGCCAUCUUACCACACUACCAUCAGUACCUGCAAUCGAAUCCACAAUCAAUGUUGUGCCGCUAUUUUGGUUGUCACUCGAUCUCAUUACCCAUCGGCAAACGUCGUAUGUACUUUGUGGUGAUGCAAAAUCUCUUCAACGAGGGUCCUGUGCACCAACGCUUUGACCUAAAGGGUAAUCGCGAUCGGCGACAGGCAGUAAACGCGACCGACAUGGAGGGUCUUAUCCUAGUUGCCAAGGACAGGAAAGCCAUCAGUCAGCUUUUAAUGGACAUUGAUUUUCUCACAAUCAGCUCAGGUAUCUCAUUGCCAUAUGCCACCACAGUCUCACUACAAGAUCAACUAUGCAGUGAUUUUGUCUUCCUUGCUAGCCGCGGUAUUAUUGACUACAGUAUUCUCCUUGGUGUUCGAUACAAUACUUCGACUCAACGACGGAGGAUGGAUCACAAUGGUUUAUUAUCUCGUGACGAGAAAGAAAUGUACUACGUUGGUAUUGUCGACAUGUUACAACGGUAUAAUUGGCGCUGGACAUUACAGCGUUGGUUCCUGGGCUGUUUAUUAUGUAAAGAUACGCACGAUGUAAGUGCUGUACCUCCUGAUGAAUACGCUACUCGAUUAGCAGAUUUCGUGCGUGAAAAGCUAUUUGAGAUUCAAGUCACGACAACAUCACCAACUUUUCGAUUGAAUCAUGCUAAUGGAUAUCAAAAGCGGGAUUCAACAGGUGAUAGUGGCUACAGUUGUUGUGACUACUCGUUUCAAGACUCAACCAAUCACUCCAUCACUCAAGUUACAUCAGUGGAUGUGGAUUGUUUACUGGAACAUCACCAAAGAUGUUCAAUGAUUGAGAAACACCAUGUGUCACUUCUAACAACGGAUUUAGUCGGUACAACGUCGAGUAGGAACAAUGAUGAACCAUCAUCAUUGUUCUUUACUCCAUCGGUUGCGUAUUCAUCCGUAUGUGAAAGUCCAGUGGGAGUAUCAGCUCUAGCAGGAUCACGUAAAACGACAAUGUUCUUUGUUUGA